UGAUCUUAGUGAAAAUCAGAUUCAAGCAAUACCAAGGAAGGCAUUCCGAGGAGCAGUGGACAUAAAAAAUCUGCAACUGGAUUACAACCAGAUCAGCUGUAUUGAAGAUGGGGCGUUUAGAGCUCUGCGUGACCUGGAAGUGCUCACUCUCAACAAUAACAACAUCACUCGACUGUCCGUGGCAAGUUUCAACCAUAUGCCCAAACUCAGAACAUUUCGUCUUCACUCCAACAACCUGUACUGUGAUUGCCACCUGGCCUGGCUGUCGGACUGGCUGCGGCAGCGGCCGCGGGUCGGGCUCUACACCCAGUGCAUGGGGCCGUCACACCUCCGGGGACACAAUGUAGCUGAGGUCCAAAAACGAGAGUUUGUCUGCAGUGGUCACCAGUCCUUUAUGGCUCCAUCCUGCAGUGUCUUGCACUGCCCUACUGCAUGCACCUGUAGUAACAACAUUGUGGACUGUCGUGGGAAGGGCCUUACUGAGAUCCCAACCAACCUUCCAGAAACCAUUACUGAAAUACGGUUAGAGCAAAAUUCCAUCAAGGUCAUACCUCCUGGAGCUUUCUCCCCAUAUAAAAAGCUUCGAAGAAUUGACCUGAGCAAUAACCAGAUCUCUGAAGCAGCUCCAGAUGCUUUCCAGGGUUUACGUUCACUCAAUUCACUAGUCCUCUAUGGCAAUAAAAUUACAGAACUUCCAAAGGGCCUAUUUGAAGGACUCUUUUCUCUGCAAUUGCUAUUAUUGAAUGCCAACAAGAUCAAUUGCCUACGAGUUGAUGCCUUUCAAGAUCUCCACAACUUGAAUCUUCUUUCUUUGUAUGACAACAAGCUUCAGACCAUUGCAAAAGGCACCUUCUCCCCCCUACGAGCGAUUCAGACCUUGCAUUUGGCUCAGAACCCAUUUAUCUGUGACUGCCAUCUGAAGUGGCUGGCGGAUUAUCUGCACACAAACCCCAUUGAGACCAGUGGUGCCCGUUGCACCAGCCCCCGCCGUCUGGCAAACAAAAGGAUCGGCCAGAUCAAAAGCAAGAAAUUCCGCUGCUCAGCUAAAGAACAAUAUUUCAUUCCAGGCACUGAAGAUUACAGAUCCAAAUUAAGUGGAGACUGCUUUGCAGAUUUGGCUUGCCCUGAGAAAUGUCGCUGUGAAGGGACCACAGUGGACUGCUCCAAUCAGAAACUCAACAAAAUUCCUGAUCACAUCCCCCAGUAUACUGCAGAGUUGCGACUAAAUAACAACGAAUUUUCAGUCCUGGAAGCUACUGGAAUCUUUAAGAAACUUCCUCAGCUGCGUAAAAUAAACCUGAGCAAUAACAAGAUUACAGAUAUUGAAGAAGGAGCAUUUGAUGGAGCCUCUGGUGUGAAUGAACUAUUGCUCACCAGCAACCGCUUGGAAAGUGUUCGGCACAAAAUGUUCAAAGGACUAGAAAGUCUCAAAACACUGAUGCUGAGGAGCAACCGGGUGAGCUGUGUGGGAAACGACAGCUUCACGGGCCUGAGCUCUGUCCGCCUGCUCUCGCUGUAUGACAACCAGAUCACCACCGUGGCACCCGGUUCCUUCGACACUCUGCAUUCACUCUCUACAUUAAACCUCUUGGCCAAUCCCUUCAACUGCAACUGCCACCUUGCUUGGCUUGGAGACUGGCUAAGGAAGAAACGCAUUGUGACGGGGAACCCUCGCUGCCAAAAACCCUAUUUCCUCAAAGAGAUUCCUAUCCAGGAUGUGGCAAUUCAGGAUUUUACAUGUGAUGAUGGAAACGAUGACAAUAGCUGCUCUCCAUUGUCCCGCUGUCCUGCAGAAUGUACUUGUCUAGACACAGUAGUUCGCUGCAGCAACAAAGGCCUAAAAGCUUUGCCUAAAGGCAUCCCAAAAGAUGUAACAGAACUUUAUUUGGAUGGAAAUCAGUUUACCCUUGUUCCAAAAGAGCUUUCCAACUACAAGCAUUUAACACUCAUAGAUUUAAGUAACAACAGAAUCAGCACUCUUUCUAAUCAGAGCUUCAGCAACAUGACUCAGCUGCUCACCUUAAUCCUUAGUUAUAACCGCCUAAGAUGUAUCCCUGCACGGACUUUUGAUGGAUUAAAAUCACUUAGGUUGCUGUCUUUACAUGGCAAUGAUAUUUCUGUUGUUCCUGAAGGAGCCUUUAAUGAUCUCUCAGCAUUAUCACACCUGGCUAUUGGAGCAAAUCCUCUUUAUUGUGAUUGUAACAUGCAGUGGCUGUCUGACUGGGUAAAAUCAGAAUACAAAGAACCUGGUAUUGCACGUUGUGCUGGUCCUGGAGAAAUGGCAGAUAAACUUCUUCUCACAACUCCUUCUAAAAAAUUUACUUGCCAAGGGCCUGUGGAUGUUAAUAUUCUUGCCAAGUGUAACCCCUGUUUAUCAAAUCCAUGUAAAAAUGAUGGAACCUGCAACAAUGAUCCAGUUGACUUCUAUAGAUGUACAUGCCCAUAUGGUUUCAAGGGUCAAGACUGUGACAUUCCCAUUCAUGCUUGCAUUAGUAACCCAUGCCACCAUGGAGGAACUUGUCAUUUGAAAGAAGGAGAAAAAGAUGGUUUCUGGUGCACUUGUGCAGAUGGAUUUGAAGGUGAAAACUGUGAAGUAAAUGUUGAUGACUGUGAAGACAAUGACUGUGAAAAUAAUUCUACUUGUGUGGAUGGAAUUAAUAACUAUACUUGCCUUUGUCCACCUGAAUAUACAGGUGAACUCUGUGAGGAGAAACUAGAUUUCUGUGCUCAAAACCUGAAUCCUUGCCAGCAUGACUCAAAGUGCAUCUUGACACCCAAAGGAUACAAAUGUGAUUGCACUCCUGGAUAUGUAGGUGAGCACUGUGAUAUUGACUUUGAUGACUGCCAAGACAACAAAUGUAAAAAUGGAGCACAGUGUACUGAUGCAGUUAAUGGAUAUACAUGUGUUUGCCCAGAAGGAUACAGUGGUUUGUUUUGUGAGUUUUCACCACCAAUGGUUCUACCUCGCACCAGCCCUUGUGACAAUUUUGAAUGUCAAAAUGGAGCCCAGUGUAUCAUAAAAGAGAGUGAACCCAUCUGUCAGUGUUUAUCAGGCUACCAGGGUGAGAAAUGUGAAAAGCUGAUUAGUAUAAACUUUGUCAACAAAGAAUCCUAUCUUCAGAUCCCUUCAGCUAAGAUUCGCCCCCAAACCAAUAUCACUCUGCAGAUUGCCACAGAUGAAGACAGUGGGAUCCUGCUCUACAAAGGUGAUAAAGAUCACAUAGCAGUGGAGCUGUACCGGGGUAGAGUGAGGGUCAGUUAUGACACAGGAUCUUAUCCAGCCUCUGCUAUUUACAG